AUGCAUGCGCCUUACGCGCCGGGGACUCCAGACCCCACUCUUACACAAGUCUGGAUUGAUCACAUUGAUCACGUGAUCGGUGUGCGUACAAAGCGCCAGGCCCACGACAUGCGCCAUUGCAUCGAGCAGACGGAUCGGGUGGUCAAUUUGACCAACAUCAUAUUGGUCCAGGCGACGGAACUACUGGAGGAAGCGAGACUGAUCAACCGUGGGCAGUACCGAGGUGGUUCUUCGAGCGACUCGGUGAGCCCACAUAGUACAACGACGACCACGACCCUGAGGAUGUUCUCCCUUGCAAAGACGCCGACGAGAACGGACAUGGUAAGGGUAAUUCUGGAGCUGCUGGGCCUGUUUAGGAUAGAGGGGAUGGCGACGGUGACGGUGACGGUGACAGCACCAAUCGAUGUGAUGCAGGGACUGGAAGCGCUACUAAUCCAGCAAUCUUGUACUUAA